AUACGCACUCCCUUCGUCGUCAGCUCCUUCCUUCACAUUUCACCUUGUUAGGCUUUACGAAGUACGUGUAGUAUUCCUAUACCCCGACUUGCCUUGACUUCCAACCACGUAUCGUGACUUUCUUCACCUUCACCAUCUCCAAAGCUUCGUAACAACACCCUCCAACCCCGCUUCCCACGACUUUGGUCACCCAGCCAAAAUCGCUUCCUUGACGAGUCGCCCAAGCGGGCUCGUCUUCUUAUUUGCGACAUUCGCCCUCAUCCUCGCCCUCGUCCUUUCACCCACCGCCCUGGGCCCGCGCGACAUCAUGCCCAACCACCAGACGGGCAGCCUGCCCCUGCACCCAAUCUAUAAGCCGCCGUAUACCAUCGAAGCUCCGGGCUACGAGAAGGUCCCUGGCGAGACCAUCCCCCGCCGAAACCCCAAGUCCAAGGAUGGCCUACACAAGGAACCGUCCAGCGAUGUCCAUACUCUCUACGACAUCAUCAAGCGCAGCGUCCGUCUCUACCCCAAUGAGCCCGCCGUCGGGAGCAGGAACCUCGUCAAGGUCCACACCGAGAAGAAGAUGGUCCCGAAAGGCGAUGGCACCGAGGCCGAAAAGGAGUGGCAGUUGUUUGAGCUCACCGGCUACUCGUUUCUCACCUACACCGAGUUUCACCAGUACAUCCUCCAGCUCGCAUACGGCUUGCGCAGCCUCGGUCUGUCCAAGGGAAGCCGUCUGCACCUGUUCGCACCCACGCACCUGAACUGGUUUUCCUUGGCUCACGCCUGCGGGUCGCAAUCCAUGUCUAUCGUUACGGCCUAUGACAGUCUUGGUGCUGCGGGCCUCGAACACUCCCUUCUCCAGUCCGACGCCGAGGCCAUGUACAUUGAACCAAACCUCCUCAAGACGGCCAGCGGGCCGCUGAAGAAAGCCAAGGGCAUCAAAUUCAUCAUCUACAACGACUCCUCUCACUUCGCAGACGGCACUGAGGUCGACGCCUUCAAGCAAUCCAACCCUGACGUGCCCAUUUACAGCGUAGAAGAAGUCCGUAAGCUGGGCGAGCAAAAUCCGGUUGAUCCUGUCGAGCCUACACCCGAAAGCCUCUUCUGCAUCAUGUACACCUCUGGCUCUACAGGUCUGCCCAAGGGCGUUCCCAUGACGCAUGAGAAUAUGCUGGCUGCCGGUAUGAACGUCUCUUCUUUUUCUGUGGAAGCCACAGUCCCCUCUCGGGCUCAGCCAGCUUGUGCCGCGAUGCUGAUCUUCUCAAACGCAGUCACCGGUCUCUAUCUCAACGUCGAAGACAUUGUCAGCCCUCGAGAUUUUUGCUUGGCAUAUCUGCCUCUAGCGCACAUUCUCGAGCUUGUCCUAGAGAACAUCGUCCUCUUCAUUGGCGGCACGAUAGGUUACGGGAAUCCGCGUACACUAUCUGAUACUUCGGUCAGGAACUGUGCUGGUGAUAUGCGCGAAUUCCGCCCGACCGUUCUCGUCGGCGUGCCGCAGAUUUGGGAGACGAUCAGGAAAGGCGUGGAGAGCAAGGUAAACAAAUCCGGUGUCCUGACCAGGUCACUCUUCUGGGGUGCCUUCAACUACAAGUCCUUUAUGACUAGGAACCAUCUCCCCUUUGCCAAGGUCUUGGACCCUAUUGUUUUUGGCAAGGUCCGCGAACUGACCGGGGGUCGUCUUCGCUUCAUUUUCAAUGGUGCCAGCGGCCUGGCUGAGGGUACAAGGCAUUUCCUUUCCAUAACUUUGGCGCCCAUGGUCGUUGGCUACGGCUUGACGGAAACGGGUGGAAAUGGUGCCCUGGGAAAUCCCCUCUCGUACACGGCGAGUUCUAUAGGCCCCGUGCCCGCGGCGAUCGACAUCAAGCUCGUUUCCGUUCCUGAGCUCAACUACUCUGCCGACGCGGGGACGGCGCAGGGUGAGAUCUGGAUGAAGGGCCCUGCCGUCUUCCAUGGUUACUUUAAGAACGAGGAGGAGACGAAAAAGGCCAUCACCCCGGAUGGUUGGUUCAAGACAGGCGACAUUGGCGAGUUCGAUUCCGACGGCCAUUUGCGCGUCAUCGACCGUCUCAAGAAUCUCGUCAAGCUGCAGGGGGGCGAGUAUAUUGCUUUGGAGAAGCUGGAGACCGCCUACCGGGGCAGCCAAUUUGUGAAUAAUAUCAUGGUGCAUGCCGACCCCGAACAGUCAAGGCCCAUCGCCGUCAUUGCACCCAACGAGAAGGUCCUGGCUGAGGAGGCCCAGCGCCAGGGUGUGAGUGAAACCCAGAUGCACUCGGAUGCCAAGGUCAAGAGCGCCGUCCUCAAGGACCUCGUCGCUAUCGGCAAGAAGGCUGGCCUGAGCCCCUUGGAGAUCGUGUCGGCCGUGGUGCUGGCUGAGGAGGAGUGGACCCCCGCGAGUGGGUUCGUCACUGCCACACAGAAGGUGAACCGCCGGGUUCUCACUGAGCAUUAUAAGGAACAAAUCGCAAACGCCUUCAAGAGGCGGUGAGACUCGCAUGUUGAAGCGUUGUGCGAUGCCAUAUGUGAUAUAGCCUUGAAGCGGAGGGAACAAUGAUGGUGGUGAUAUGUUUGUUCAUGGAUGGUUAGGGUAAAGGAAUUUGAAUGACAGCUUGGGGAACUGACCCUCUACCUGAGUGAUCUUGAAUGCUGUUGUACGCGACCGAGACCGCAUGUAUGUCCGCAUGUGAUUAUGUUCGAGGAUCUUCACCCAGCCAGCAUGGUCUCUUCAGCAGGAAGAAGCCC